UAGAAAAGCAGGAAAACUGAGGGUAUGUCUUUUCAAGUAGAAACAGAUGCGAUACCCAUUCCACAAGAAUCAGAUGAUACCGCUAAUGCAAUUUUUCCACAGACCAAUAGCGGAAGCUUGAACAUCGCUGAUACUCACCCUCUAGAUCAAGUUACCAACGACCAGAACAAUGAUGAUUUGUCUAAUCAAACCAUACAGGAGCCACUCACUGAUUUGGUAUUGCCUCCAAGACCACCUAAAGAUUUUGAACUGAAUAAUUUCUUGUUACAUCUUGCUGAGGACAUGGAACAUGAUGAUCUAGAAAAAAUGAAGUUUCUGCUGUCGGGAGAUGGAGGGAUUUCCACAAAAGAAAGGGAGCAAAUAAAAUCGCCUCUAGAUCUGUUCAAACAAUUAAAGAAGAGGUCACUCAUAAGUAGACAUGAUAUACUUUAUCUACAACUGAUGUUAAUAUUUACCGGAAAGAAAAAAAAUCCAUACGUAUGGCUUGUGAAUUUGCCAACAAUACUAGAGGGACAUUACAUUUCUUUCCGCCUCCAGAAAAGCCAACCGAUGGUUACAAGUAUGCUCAACUUCACGUUAAAGUUCCGGAUGCUCUAAAGUAUACAAAACAAAGUCUAGAAAAUCUGAGACGAAGGAUAUCUGAGAUGACAUUCGCACCCGAGUACUGCAUUCAUAUCGUUGGUGUUGAGCCACAAAGUGUACUUGUCACUUUUAUGAUGCCUUCCGUGUAUGCAGAGAUUCUUGAAGACAUGUUAGAAAGAAAGAUAUUUUCUGAUGUGUUUCAAGAGAUGAUGGUAGAGUACGUGGUUGUUUGCAACAGAAGAUUUAUCUACGA